AUGGAGGAAUCGGUCUCGACAGAGGAGGUAGUUGGGUCUUGUUCAAAAUCGAGGUUAUCUGGACGGGCGGAUUGGGACGGAAGAUCGAGGUCUUUCAUCUUCUUGCGAGGCCUCCAUUCGUUGGCUAUUGGGGGAAUAAUCAGCUUUUUGAAUUCUGAAAUUUUUAGGUUUUCUAAGGAAUUGAAUUCUGCGAUGUAUUGUUUCGUGGUGGAUGAGAGAUCCUCUUGGUCUUUGGCGUCAGUUUGCGAACGUUUGAGGGGUAGAGGUUUUGAAGACAGAGAAAAGGAGAGCUUCAUGGUGUUGACGAUGGAGAAUCAAACGAACGAGAGAGCGAUGAUUGGGUUGGGGAAGAUGUAUGCUGGGUUGAGUUUUGUGUUAGAGUAA